CUCAAUGUUUGGGUUGGGAGACUGAAAAAAAAAAAACAGAACUUCAUCCUUCAUGUCUGAUCGAGUCACUGCAGAUAAAAAAUGUUUUAACAAACAUUUGUAGUUUUUGUCGAAGUGCUUUGAUGUCGAAGUGUGCUACAUGUGCAAAAAGAAAAACUAAGUAUUAAAUUCAUUGUAGCUUCCAUCACAUGGUCUAACUGAACGGUUUUCUACUUUGCUGAACAAAUGGGUUGGUAGGACUUGUAUAAAUUCUGAGCUGCGUGAGAAUGACAAAAAAAUCACUCUCCUUUGAGGUUGGUGUGGUUUGAGAAAGGAGAAUUCAGGAGAUGGCAGGUGGGUCUUUCACAACUGGUGCUGUGUCCAAGGAGAGAGCAGAACAAUACAAGGGAAGAGUCACCCCUUUUGUCAUCGUCGCUUGCAUUGUUGCUGCCACUGGGGGGUCUCUCUUUGGCUAUGAUAUUGGGAUUUCAGGUGGUGUUACAUCCAUGGAUGACUUCCUUAAAGAGUUCUUCCCUGCAGUGUACAGACAGAAAUUGCAUGCACAUGAAAAUAACUACUGCAAGUACGACAAUCAGGGUCUUGCUGCGUUCACCUCUUCUCUGUACAUUGCUGGUUUAAUUGCAUCCUUGAUGGCAUCUCCUGUGACAAGAAAGUAUGGUCGUCGAGCAAGUAUCAUAGGUGGUGGUAUUAGCUUUCUGAUUGGAUCAGCCCUGAAUGCUUCAGCUGUGAACCUCACAAUGCUGAUAUUAGGCCGGGUCAUGCUUGGUGUUGGCAUUGGAUUUGGAAAUCAGGCUAUUCCGCUUUAUUUGUCAGAGAUGGCACCGACACACCUUCGAGGUGGUCUGAACAUGUUGUUUCAAGUUGCAACCACUCUUGGGAUUUUCACAGCUAACAUGGUCAAUUAUGGAACACAAAAGAUCAAACCUUGGGGUUGGAGGCUGUCUCUAGGCUUGGCUGCAGUACCAGCUCUUUUGAUGACAGUGGGAGGGAUAUUUCUCCCUGACACUCCAAAUAGCUUAAUCGAACGAGGAUUGAUGGAAAAAGGAAGGAAGCUGCUAGAAAAAAUCAGAGGAACCAACGAAGUUGAUGCCGAGUUCCAAGAUAUGGUUGAUGCAAGCGAGUUGGCAAACUCAAUAAAGCAUCCAUUUCGUAACAUCCUUGAAAGAAGGUACAGACCAGAGUUGGUGAUGGCAAUCUUCAUGCCCACCUUUCAGAUUCUCACUGGCAUAAAUUCCAUUCUCUUCUAUGCUCCGGUUCUGUUUCAAAGCAUGGGAUUUGGAGGAGAUGCAUCACUCAUCUCGUCAGCCUUGACCGGUGGAGUUCUUGCUGGUUCAACAUUCAUUUCCAUAGCAACAGUAGAUAAGUUGGGCAGGCGAGUUCUUCUUAUCAGUGGCGGAGCACAAAUGAUCACAUGCCAGGUUAUAGUGGCCAUAAUUUUAGGGGUGAAGUUUGGAGCAGACCAAGAACUGUCAAAAGGGUUUUCAAUAUUGGUGGUUGUGGUGAUUUGCCUAUUUGUUGUUGCUUUUGGGUGGUCAUGGGGUCCACUUGGGUGGACAGUUCCUAGUGAGAUAUUUCCAUUGGAAAUCAGGUCAGCUGGGCAAGGCAUCACAGUUGCAGUGAAUCUUCUGUUUACUUUUAUAAUAGCACAGGCCUUCCUUGCUCUUCUCUGCUCAUUCAAGUUUGGGAUCUUCCUCUUCUUUGCUGGGUGGAUUACCAUCAUGACCAUCUUUGUUUAUCUCUUUCUACCUGAAACCAAGGGGAUUCCCAUUGAAGAGAUGUCUUUUAUGUGGAGGAAGCACUGGUUCUGGAAAAGGAUAUGCCUCAACUGAUGUUAGUAUCUCAAAAUCUUCAUCAGGAUUGUUUAUCAAUAAUUAUAACAUCAGAUAGUAAAAUAUAAAAAUUAUCUUUUUACACCA